AUGACUGUUUCUGAGGUACAACAACUCGAUGUCGAGCACUUGCUCCACGAGCUCACCCUAGACGAGAAGAUCAGCCUCUUGGCUGGUAUCGACUUCUGGCACACUGCUGCCAUCGACCGUUUGGACAUUCCAUCCGUUCGUGUUUCUGACGGCCCCAACGGUGUCAGAGGUACCAAAUUCUUCGAUUCCGUUCCCUCCAACUGCUUUCCUUGCGGAACUGGUAUGGCUGCCACCUUCAACAAGGACUUGUUGCACGAAGCAGGUCAGUUGAUGGGUAAGGAGGCCAAGUUGAAGGGCGCCCACUGCAUCUUGGGCCCCACCUGCAACAUCGCCAGAGGCCCAUUGGGUGGCAGAGCUUUCGAGAGUUACUCGGAGGACCCCUUGUUGUCGGGACACGCUGCUUCCCAAGUGAUUCAGGGUAUCCAGAGCGAGAAGGUAUUGGCCUGUAUCAAGCACUUUGUGUGUAACGACCAGGAAGACCGCAGAAUUGCAGUUGACACCAUUGUGACUGACAGAGCGCUCCGUGAAAUCUACUUGAAGCCAUUCCAGAUCGCAUUCCGUGAUGCCCAACCCAAGUCGUUGAUGACCGCCUACAACAAGGUCAACGGUGAGCAUGUCUCGCAGAGCAAGAAGCUCUUGCAAGACAUUCUCCGUGGCGAAUGGGGUUUUGAUGGUAUGACCAUGUCCGACUGGUACGGUACCUACUCCAUGAAGGAGGCUUUGGACGCUGGCUUGAACUUGGAAAUGCCCGGUGGCCCUCGUUUCAGAACUCCGUUUCCUUUGGCCCACAAGGUCAACUCCAACGAGAUCCACGAGGACUCGCUCGACAACAACGUCAGAUACGUGCUCAAGUUCGUCAACGAGGCGCUCAAGGUGGGCAUUCCCAAGGACGUGGUGGAGUCGCCUAACAACUCGCCUGAAGCUUCUGAGUUGUUGAGACGUGUGGGUGGUGAGUCCAUCGUGUUGUUGAAGAACGACAACGGGAUCUUGCCUUUGUCCAAGACUGCCAGUGCUGGCAACGAGAAGAUCGCUGUGAUUGGACCCAACGCCAAGGUCACCCAAGACUCUGGUGGUGGUUCUGCUUCGUUGACUGCUCGCUACAAGGUCACACCAUUUGAUGGUAUCCAGAACAAGCUCACCGAGGGCAACAACACUGUUUCGCUCGAGUACGCUUUGGGCGCCUUCUUGGACAAGAGUUUGCCAGACGUAGGUGAGCUCUUGGUCAACGAAAACGGCAAAAAGGGUAUUACUGGUAAGUUCUACAAGAACCCACCAGGAUCCAAGAACAGAGAGUUCUUCGAGUCCAUCGACUUGCUGUCGACACGUAUCUUCAUGUCUGACUUCAAGAGCAAGUACAUUCCUGUGGAACAAACCCUUUUCUACGCUGAUUUCCUCGGAGACUUCACCCCUGAGGAAACUGGCACCUACGAGUUCGGCUGCUCCACCAUGGGAACUGCCCAGAUCUUCGUCAACGACAAGUUGAUUGUGGACAACAAAACCCACCAGGUUAAGGGAGAUGCUUUCUUCUUGGGUAUGGGUACCAGAGAGGAAAAGGCUUCUAUCGAAUUGGAAAAGGGCGUCACCUACAAAAUCAAGGUCGAAUUCGGCACUGGUCCUACCUACACCUUGCACACUGAGCAGGCAGAAAAGGGAGGUGUCUACUUCGGACUCCGUAUUGUCUCCACCCCAGAAAAGGAGAUCCAAAAGGCAGUUGACUUGGCCAAGAAGGUCGACAAGGUCAUCUUGUGCGUCGGUAUCUCCAAGGAAUGGGAAUCCGAGGGCUUUGACCGUCCUGACAUGGACAUUCCAGGCUACACCGACCAGUUGAUUGAGGCUGUGGUCAAGGCCAACCCUAACGUGGUGGUUGUCAACCAGUCUGGUUCUCCUGUCACCAUGCCAUGGGUCGAACAGGUCCCUGCUUUGGUCCAGGCCUGGUACGGAGGUAACGAGGCUGGUAACAGUAUCGCUGACGUGUUGUUCGGAGACAUCAACCCCUCGGGUAAGUUGUCGUUGACCUUCCCAAGAAGAAUCGAAGACAACCCAGCGUACCUCAACUUCGGUUCCACCAACGGCAGAGUGCUCUACGGUGAAGACGUGUUCGUCGGCUACCGUUACUACGAGAAGAUCAAGAGAGACGUUUUGUUCCCAUUCGGUUACGGUUUGUCAUACACCUCAUUCGAGUUCGGCGACCUCAAUGUCCAGGCCAACGAUGACACCUUGAAGGUGCUGGUCAAGGUCACCAACACUGGUAAGAUCGACGGUGCUGAGUCCGUGCAAUUGUACGUCCAGCACGUGAACCCCAGCGUUAUCAGACCCGUCAAGGAGUUGAAGGACUUCGAGAAGGUAUUCUUGAAGGCUGGAGAGUCGAAGGCCGUUCACCUCGAGCUUUCCGUCCGUGAAGCCACCUCAUUCUGGAACACCUACAAGUCCAAAUGGCAAUCUGAAAAGGGUACCUACAAUGUGUUGGUGGGUAACAGUUCCGACAACGCCACCCUCAAGGGUGAGUUCGAAACCACCAAGACCGUCCACUGGUUGGGAUUGUAG